UGGCUGUGUCUAGAGUCACGUUCACACUGCGCGCUCCGGAGCGGACCGAGGCUCAGGCUCUGACGGGGGAAUGCAUUUUUAACUAGCGGGCCUGUUAACGGUGCUCUUGUGUAAUGCUAGUGUUUGUCCUGGAGUAGCUUCUGUCCAGUCUUCAGCAUGCCGCUCCCUCGCAGCCUGUCCGUCACGUCCCUCCCGGGGAUGGAGGACUGGGACGAAGACUUUGAUUUGGAGGAUGCAGUGCUUUUUGAAAUCGCCUGGGAGGUUGCCAACAAAGUUGGAGGCAUCUACACGGUGAUCCAGACCAAAGCGCGCCUGACCGCAGAGGAAUGGGGAGAGAACUAUUUCCUGGUGGGGCCCUACGUAGAGAGCAAUGUACGCACACAGGUGGAGUUGAUCGAGCCCACCAACCCGGUACUGAAGAGGACCAUUGACCAAAUGAACGCCAGUGGAUGUAAGCUCUACUUUGGUCGCUGGCUGAUAGAGGGCAGUCCUUAUGUAAUUCUGAUUGAUGUUGCAUACACCGCCUGGUCUCUGGACAGCUGGAAGAGCGAGCUGUGGGAGCUUUGUUCUAUCGGGGUCCCGUGGUUUGACCGAGAGGCCAACGAUGCCGUGCUUUUUGGCUUCCUUACAGCAUGGUUUCUUGGCGAGUAUGCAGCCCAGUCAGAGGAGCCGCCUCACAUCGUGGCCCAUUUCCAUGAGUGGUUGGCGGGACUGGGGUUAGUGUUAACUCGACAGAGGCAGCUGCCCGUAGCAACCAUCUUCACUACUCACGCUACACUGUUGGGAAGAUACCUGUGUGCUGGAAAUGUGGACUUUUAUAACAAUCUGGCACAGUUCAAUCUGGACAAAGAGGCUGGUGACAGACAGAUUUACCACCGGUACUGCAUCGAGAGAGCGGCUGCACAUUGCGCUCACGUUUUCACCACUGUGUCCAAGAUCACUGCGAUAGAGGCAGAGCACUUACUCAAGAGGAAACCAGAUAUCGUCACUCCAAAUGGGCUCAAUGUUAAGAAGUUUUCCGCUGUGCACGAGUUUCAGAACUUGCACGCCAUGAACAAGAAUCGUAUUCAGGAGUUUGUGAGAGGACACUUCUAUGGGCAUCUUGAUUUUAACCUGGACAAGUGCCUGUUUCUUUUCAUCGCUGGAAGGUACGAGUUUUCCAAUAAGGGAGCGGACCUGUUUCUGGAGGCAUUGGCUCGACUCAACUACCUCCUCAGAGUUAACAACAGUGAUGUGACCGUCAUAGCUUUCUUCAUUAUGCCAGCUCGAACAAAUAACUUUAAUGUGGAGACACUGAAGGGCCAAGCUGUCAGGAAGCAGCUUUGGGACACAGCUCAGACUGUGAAAGAACGCUUUGGGAAGAAACUGUAUGAGUCGCUUUUAGUUGGGCAGCUUCCAGAUGUAGCCAAGAUGCUGGACAAAGAGGAUUUCACGAUCAUGAAACGCGCCAUCUUUGCCACGCAGCGUCAGUCCCAGCCCCCCAUCUGCACCCACAACAUGUUAGAGGACAGCAGUGACCCCAUCCUCAACUGUGUGCGUCGCAUCGGCCUUUUUAACAGCUCCUCUGACCGCGUCAAGAUAAUCUUCCAUCCAGAGUUCCUGUCAUCCACUUCCCCUCUACUUCCAAUGGAUUAUGAGGAUUUUGUGAGAGGCUGCCACCUAGGGGUCUUUCCUUCUUACUACGAGCCCUGGGGCUACACACCAGCUGAGUGCACAGUCAUGGGAAUCCCCUCAGUGUCCACAAACCUCUCUGGGUUUGGAUGUUUCAUGGAGGAACAUAUAGCAGAUCCCUCAGCCUAUGGUAUCUACAUCCUGGACCGGCGCUUCAGGGGAGUGGACGAGUCGUGUAACCAGCUCACGUCCUUCCUCUUCCAGUUUUGUAAACAGAGCCGACGCCAGAGGAUCAUCCAGAGGAACCGCACUGAGCGCCUCAGCGACCUGCUGGACUGGAGAUACCUGGGGCGGUAUUAUGUCGCAGCUCGUCACAUGGCACUGGCCAAAGCCUUCCCUGACACCUUCAUUUAUGACACUCAGGAGCCCACGUCGACCUCCGGAUUCCGGUACCCGCGCCCGGCCUCCGUGCCCCCCUCACCUGCCCUGUCCCGCCACUCUUCCCCCCAUCACAGCGAGGCGGAGGACAACGAGGACGACGAACGCUACGACGAAGACCUGGAAGCGGAAAAGGAUCGCGUGAACAUCCGCCAGCCGUACAACUACCCGUUCAAAAACAAAGUCCCUGUCGCUGCCGCUGCCGCUGCCACACCGGUCACCAACAGCAUCGCAGACAGUUACGUGAGCAGUAAGAGUGACAGGAGCAGCGAAGUGAGCAGCGAAGUGAGCAGCGAAAUCAGCAGUGAAAGCAGUCAUAAAGGUAGUAACAAAAGCAGCGAAAAAGGCAGCGAAAAAGGCAGCGAAAAAGGCAGCGACAAAGGGAGUGACAAAGGGAGUGACAAAGGGAGCGAUAAGGAAAGUGAUAAGGAAAGUGAUAAGGAAAGCGAUAAGGAAAGCGAUAAGGAAAGCGAUAAGGGGAGCGACAAGGAAAGUGACAAGGAAAGUGAGAAGGGGGAAAACUAGCAGCUAAAGAGUCAAAAAAAUUGCUAGUAUUGGGCUUGUCGCAAAGAAAGCAUUGUAGUUAGUCUUCCUAAACUGUGCAAACCUUAAAAACCUUAAUGAAACGUUCUCAAAAAGUAUAGGAUUUCUCAGUUACCUGUACCAGCGAUGCAAUCAUUGGUUUGUUAAAGGCGCACUAUGUAACUUUUCUGGUAGAGGGUCAGCCCAUCGCCUACUCCUCUCCAUUUAGAUGUUAUUGCUUUGCUUGAAACGUUCCACUGUAUGGCAUCAAACUUGUCCAUGUUGCUUUUAUUUCAUAUUUCAUUCUUACUGUGAAUGGGGCUGCCUCACCACAGAUUUGACUUGUAACUUCACUUGGUGGCAUUGCCUGCUUGUCUCCAUGGAGAUGCCAUACAGUGGAACAUUCCCUACGGGACAAUAGGCUCUAUUCACGCUUACGUCACGAACCAGGAAGACGUUUGGAAAGAUGCGAUUACAAUUUCCCAGGCCCAGUUUUCUUCAUCUACAGGUCAUUGUAGUGUUCUGUUAUGUUCAGGUAAUCAACAAUUACAACCACACCUCACUUUUCAUCGUUUCCCCACUGACGCACAACUCUGAGCACACUGGAUACAUGCCAUUAGAAGAGAAGAGGGUGCAAAAAUUCAAGAUUAUUCCAAACAGCAUAUAUGUAUGCAGUCUUCUUUUACCGUUGAUCACGUUUACUUUUAAUAGAUCCAACUUAGGUGAGCCCACAUCUUUCCAAACAGCUUCCUGGUUUAUGACGUAAGCGUGACUAGAGCUUAUAAUAUAACACCGGAGAUGGCAGAUCCUCCACCAGAAAAGAUAUGUAGUGUGUCUUUAAGCGGUUAUGUUGAGCUGCAAGACGGCUUAACGGGGAACAAUCAGUCACAAGUGCAUCUAAAAUUACAAUAUUGUGGAACUGAUACAUAGAAAUGUGUGUAAUUCGUAGACUGAGAAAAUAUAGAAUUAGAUGUUAUAUUUCAACAGCAGCGGUCUUUACAUUUUAAAGGUCCACUAUGUAACAUUUCUGAUGGCGAGUCGACUGUUUACUGGUCUCCAAGAAAUGUUAUUGCUUCUCCUGGAAUGAUCCACAGUAUGGCAUUAAACUUAUUUAUCUUGUAUUUAUUAAAUGUCAGUUGUUUUAACUGGCAGCCUUGAAUAAUGUGCGUUCUUACUGUGAGCUGGGUCACCUCUCCAUAGAUCUAAUGACGCCACCAGCUUUGAGAUAAUUAGAAGAUUCCAGGCCAAGCAAUAACAUCUCCAUGGAAAUAAACAAGUAAUGAACCUCUCCACCAGCAUUAAGCGGUGCACCUUUAAAUAUUUGUAUUUUGAGACGGGCUAUAUCCAUUGUAUGCAUUUCUCUUUUUGAACUACUGACACACCACUGUUGUAAUUUCGGAUGCGCUUGUUUGGAGCUGUUUCAGAGAACUCUAGUUACUAUUAAUGUGAAAGUUACUAGAAUCAGUCCAUAGCUUUAUCUUGUUAGUCCUUGCUGUAUUUUAGAUAUUUCAAAUCACUCCAAAAAGCACUUCCUACAUGUAUUUUUACUUUUGCCGUGGUGGAAAGUACAUGCUGCUGUAGCACUUGUCUCUUAUGUAUUGGUUAAUGUAUGACAAACUUGGCAACACUAUACGGUUUUUGCGCCUUACAUUUCAAAACUUGAAAAAAUUCGCACUUGAUCGUCUGUGUGAAAGUUGGAUAUGCAAAAGCUAGCCUGAAUUUGUCAGUUUUGGAAAAUUAUUUAUUUGUAAAUGAGGCAAUCGCGAUCUAAACAUUCAAGAUCGUUCUGAACAGUGAAUGUCUACAACAAAAAACAUCUGGCAAGUUUUGGGGGGAACAAAGCAAGAUGGGGCAGCCUGAAAAGUUUUAGCAUUUGUUAUCAACUUGAUCCAGAUUAAAUUCAAAUAAAUAGUGUUUGAUAAAUUA